AUGCACCGCAUCCGCUCCAAGCUGCAAAUGACGCCCAAGCUGGAUGGUUACCAGCGUAAAAAAUAUGUGGCUAAAAUCUUGUUCUCCUACUUACAAGGCCACAAAGUGGAUGUUGGCUACAUGGAUGCCAUCACGCUGAUAUCCAGUGCGAAGUACUCUGAAAAACAAAUUGGAUAUCUCACGCUGACGUUUUUGUUUCAUGAACGGUCCGACCUGAUUACGCUGGCUUUGAACUCGAUCCGAAAAGAUUUACAGAGCCUGAAUGAAGAUCACACGUGCUUGGCUUUACAUGCUAUUGCCAAUAUGAGUAAUGUUGUCAUUGCGGAGCUUGUGAGUGAGGACAUCCUCAAGCUUCUCGUUUCGCCCACAUCCCCUGUGCAUGUGCGCAAAAAAGCCGCUCUUGCUUUAUUAAGAGUCCUUCGUGAAAGCCGCGAUAGUGUGGACGUUUCGGACUGGAUCGAUCGUAUUGUCCCGUUGAUAAAGCAUCGGCACUUGGGAUUGUCCGAAUGCAUUACGUCGCUGGUGACAGAGCUUGUUCGGAUUGACUCUGACAAGUACCAGGUGUGUUUCAAACCUGCCUAUGAGCAACUUUAUGAGAUUGUUGUUUUACAGGAUUGUCGACAAGACUAUCUGUAUCACAAUGUACCUGUUCCUUGGCUUCAAGUCAAAUUGUUGACGCUAUUGCAACUACUUCCACCGCCCACGGAGAAUCUUGUGAAAAUCAAGUUGCAAGAAUUGCUACACCAUAUCUUACGUCCUGACAAGCCCCUUCGCUCUAUACCUGAUAUCCAAGAAAGCAAUGCUAUUUAUUCCGUGUACUUCGAAGCCAUUCGCUUUGCCAUGCAUUUGGAUCCUGCCUCUAUUUUUGUGGCACGCGCUGCUGUGCAAUUAGGGCAUCUAAUUGCCCAUAAAGAGACCAAUGUGCGAUAUCUUGCACUUGAGACUAUGACGCAGCUAGCCCAAUGCUUAUCAUCUCUUGAGCCGAUCCAGAUGUACCGUGACGUGAUAUUCCUGUUGUUACGUGACAAGGACAUUAGCGUUCGUCGUCGUGCGCUCGAUCUGCUGUAUGCUAUGUGUGAUGACACCAACGUGCAGUAUAUUGUUGGGCAGCUUUUACGAUACCUGUCCGUGGCGGAUGUGUCACUUCGGCAAGAUAUGUCGUUGAAGAUUUCCUUGCUGGCCGAAUUGUAUGCAUCCGACUCUACCUGGUACAUUGAUACAGCCAUGUCGCUGCUGGAAUUGGCGGGCGAUCGACUCCGAGAUGAACUUUGGUAUCGUAUUGUGCUUGUGGUGACCAAUCAUCCGAAAGUCCAUGCCUACGCUGCAGAACGCAUUCUCCACGCGCUGAGUCGGUCAGAAUGCCAUGAAAUCCAGAUUAAGCUGGGUGCCUAUUUGCUGGGCGAGUAUGGGUACCUCAUUGUCAAUCAGCCCCACUGCAGUGCCGCCCAGCAAUUCCAAUGCUUGCAUUUGCAUGCGCACCAAUGCUCGCCAACGACCUUGGCCAUGCUGCUGUCUACGUACAUCAAAUGGAUCCCCAUGUAUCCUGACAUGGCCCCUGCGUUGGAAGGCGUGCUGCGGCAGCAUCGACACGUCAUGAAUGUGGAAAUGCAGCAGCGUGCCAAUGAAUACUCUGUGCUGGCCGAGUUGGAGCGGCAAGGGACGCUCUCGUUGGACCAAGUUCUUUACGAGCUCCCCCCGUUCAAUACGCAGGUCCUUCCAGAACAGACACAAGCGCCAGGCUUGUUCCGCCUGUCGAAGCGCAUAUCGAUGCAGCCGGCUGUAUCGUCUGUGCCACGCGGGGAAGCGCGCCAGCAUAUGCAGCAUGAGAAGCUCAGCAUUACCGUUCCUUCAAUGUUGCCCGUGCCGAUGGAGCCUGAUACCAGCUUUGUUUCGAUGCCACGAGAUAUAUCCACAGUGACGGCCAACACGGCCGAGGAGGAUGUCGAUUUGUUGGACCUGCAUAGCUUCCGGAUCAUGUCUCCCACAGGCAGCGACGAUCUGGAGGCGCCAUGGCAUGCCGACGAGAGCCUCAUUAGCCCAGAUGGUCCUCUUCUUGCGUCGAGCAAGUCGUCCAUGCGUGGGCUGAGUCACUAUGCGAAUGACUCUAUAUCGAGCCACGCCUCCCUUCCUACCUCGUCGUCCAGUGAAGCUCAUGAGAAUGUACUUCAUAUUCCACUUUCCCAAACGGCUCUGCUGGCCUCGCAUGCUGUAUUGCACGACACGACCACCGAAACCAUCACGAUGGUAUCUAGCACGACACACAAGAGCACGGCGACGGUGAAACUGGAGCUGCACAACAAAGACGCAACAACAGCGCUCUAUCUUCAUACGGUCCACGUCGCUGCGCCUGCCCCGCUGGAAGCGCAUCUCGCAGGGAUGGAGCGUGGCGCUAUGUCGAUCGCGUCGGAACAACGGCAUACCUACACAGUCGAGUUUGUGUCUCAUGGCUCCUUUACAGGCACCACCGACAUGGUGUUCCAUUGGACGCGUGGCGGCGCCGUGCCCGUGACGCUGCAUGUGGCCUUGCCGAUGCAUGUGGCUCGUUUCCUACGACCCACCACCAUGUCUGUAUCGGACUUUUUCGAGUGCUGGCAGUACGUGAAAGAGUAUGAAGCCCAAGGCGUCGUCCAAGUAGACCAGCGAACGAUCGAAGCCUACGAGGCCACGAUGCAGUCGAUGGGCUUGGCCAUUUUACGAGGGGUAGAUCCCCGGCCUGACAAUGUGAUUGCUGCAGGCUCGAUGGAUAUCCAGCAGGCGGACCGCAUGGGCUUCCUUGUGCGUUGGGAACCACGCGCAGAGUGCAAUGUGGCACGACUCACUGUGCGGUCCACGCAAGCUUACGGCGCUGAGGCGUUGUAUGCCUUGAUGGUCGGCCUGAUGGAAGGGUAA